GGAGUUAGCACUUUGGGGCACUCUCAUCCUGAGUGUGUACCUCCUUGGCCCUGUUCUGAAAUGCAGAUCAGGUAGGGCUGUGCUGAGUUAGCUCAGCUCUCUUACCUCUAUCCUCUAACAGACCUGCUAAAAAGAGCAAGAGGUCCCUGGGCUUUGAAGCUGAGCUUCCUGCCACUAAGGGGAUAGGAGGCAACCAGGCGUGGUGGUGUACUCAGGAGACAGAGGAUCUGCAUGAGUUCAAGCCCAGCCAUGUCUACAAACCGAGUUCCAGGACAGCCAGGGGUGGGCAGAGAAACCCUGUCUCAAAAACAAAGUGUGGGAGAAAUUAGGAGACAGGAAGCUGCCUUGAGAAUGGACAUACAAUGUAGCAUCCCGAGGGGAUGGUUGAAGAACCUAGUGGUUCCUUGGCAUCCAUUAGGUACCUGUCUUGUACAUGGGAAGGCAGGCUGCAGAACAGUGACUGGAGUGAUCAUCUUUCCAUGAAAUGUUUGAAUGACUUCAAUCACAAUACAGGAUUUAUUUAGCCAGCACUUGUGGGACUCCUCUGGAGUCCUUCCUGCCUCCUUGUUCUCCAGGGUUGGUUGUGGGGCUACUCCUCUGUGGAACCCUGCAUUGUCCUUCUGAUUGGCUGGGCGUGAGACAUUGGGAGCUCCACUUGGGGGUGGGGGGGACUCACUUUUGCCCAUAAUGGAGGUGGUGGCCAGGUUUCUAAGUGCUGGGGAGGGGCUGGAAGGUGGAAGAACUGUUGGUUCCUGAUGGAUACCUUAUCAGCAAGUGCCAGACAAGAACAGGCCUUGAGUGAGCCCUGUUAUCAGCCCCAGAGUCCACAGGACACUUGGGUUAAUGUGUAACCACGAGGCUUCCCCUCUACCCUCUGAAGCCACUAGUUCCUAAAGAGAAGUGACUCAACAUGGAUGCUAGAAAAGAGGGGCUGCCCCUGGAGACACUCUUUUCAGAUCAAUACCCACAGGUCCGCAGGUGGCUGGUCCCCUUCAUCCUUGCCUGCUCCCUUUUCUUCCUCCUCUGGAUUCCUGUGGACCAGCCAUCUUGGGUCAGUGCCCUGAUCAAGUGCCAACCCAUUCUCUGCCUGGUUUUGUUCCUGUGGGCUGUGGCCCCUGGUGGGAGCUACACCUGGCUCUUGCAGGGAGCUCUUCUGUGUUCUGCUGUGGGAGAUGCCUGCCUCAUCUGGCCUGAAGCUUUCUUUUCUGGCAUGGCAGCCUUCUCUGUUGCCCACUUAUGCUACCUCUGGGCUUUUGGCCUGUCCCCACUGCAGCCCGGAUUGCUGCUCUGCACCACCUUGGCCUCUCUGACAUACUCCAGCUUCCUCCUGCCACACCUUGAGCCGGACGUGGUCUUGCCUGUAUUGGUCUAUGGGCUGAUCUUGAACUCCAUGCUGUGGCGAGGCCUUGUCUGGGGUGGAAGUGCUGGCUGGGGUGCUGCGCUCUUUACGUUCUCAGAUGGAGUGCUGGCCUGGGACACUUUUGUUUACUCUUUACCUUUUGCCCGCCUAGUGGUCAUGAGCACCUAUUAUGCAGCCCAGCUCCUCCUCACCCUGUCAGCCCUCAGGAACCCAGGGCUCAAAACCCACUAAUGCAGAACCCAGACAGCCUGGGAUCCCCUCCCAUAAGGACUUUGGCUUUUUACACUGACCCAGCCUGGCAAGUCAGUGCUUCCAGUCAUGUGCUGACAGAUAGGUGGCCAUCUUAAACAUCUGUAUACUGUUGGCAGAAUUUCAAAUCUACCACUAAUUUCAAGCUGCCUUCCCUGGCUCCUGCUUUUGGAUUCUAGGACCCUCAACCCAACCCAUAUCCUGUCUUCCUUUCCCCAUGCCCACUUCCUUUUCCCAGUCAGCCUUUCCUAUCUACCUGCCCCUUUACACUGCCCCAGAUGUGGUUCUAGCUGUUUAAGUAAAACGAGUGUUGGAA